GCGGGCUCCGAGGCCGAAGAGAAAAGACGGCGAGGUGGCCGGGGCUGUGGCCGGAGAGGAGGGAGUCGAGGCGCCGCCCUCGCGGAGGUCACGGCGAAGGCCCGCCGCUCCGGGAUCCUCACUCGGGGGAAGAGGCACGACUCGCGGUGCCUUCGGCAGGCUCGACGCGCCCCCGGUCGGCCUGCUGUCGGGCCCGGAGAGGGGCGGCGGCGGGGUCAGGGCCCGGUGCCAGGGACCCCGCAACUCCGCAAACCCCACCACACCCCAUACGUGUAGUGUACACUCUAAGCGGGAAGUGGAUGUAUAACGUUGGCACUGAAAGCAGUAUAUAAUUACAGAUUUUGGAAGACCUUGGACAUUUUAAUAGCUGCAAUGGCCGGAGCUGUGCCGAUCUGAAGCCAGGAACCAGGAGCUGCUUUUCACUCUCCUACACAGAUGCAGGGGCACAAGGACUUGGGGCAUCUUCCACUGCUUCAUAGCAGAGAGCUGGAUCAGAAGUGGAGCAGCUGGGACUUGAAUCUGCACCCGUAUGGGAUGCUGGCACUACACGUGGCAGCUUUGCACAAAGAAUGAACAAGCAGUGGAAGAGAAAAUACUGCAAACUGGCUGACUCCUGGUGAAGAUGUUUUACUUUUCUGGCAGGCAUCUGUGGGAUUUAUAAUAGAAAUGAUGGCUGGCUGUGGUGAAAUUGAUCACUCGAUAAACAUGCUUCCUACGAACAAGAAAGCAAAUGAGUCCUGUUCUAAUACCGCACCUUCUCUCACCGUCCCUGAGUGUGCCAUUUGUCUUCAAACUUGUGUUCACCCAGUCAGUCUGCCCUGUAAACAUGUUUUCUGCUAUCUGUGUGUAAAGGGAGCUUCAUGGCUUGGAAAACGAUGUGCUCUUUGUCGACAAGAAAUUCCUGAGGAUUUCCUUGACAAGCCAACUUUGUUGUCACCAGAGGAACUCAAGGCAGCAAGUAGAGGAAAUGGUGAAUAUGCAUGGUAUUAUGAAGGAAGAAAUGGGUGGUGGCAGUAUGAUGAGCGUACUAGUAGAGAGCUGGAAGAUGCUUUUUCCAAAGGUAAAAAGAACACUGAAAUGUUAAUUGCUGGGUUUCUGUAUGUUGCUGAUCUUGAAAAUAUGGUUCAAUAUAGGAGAAAUGAACAUGGACGUCGUAGGAAGAUUAAGCGAGAUAUAAUAGAUAUACCAAAGAAGGGAGUAGCUGGACUUAGGCUGGACUGUGACACUAGUGCCGUAAACCUAGCAAGAGAGAGCUCUGCCGAUGGAGCGGACAGUGUAUCAGCACAGAGCGGAGCUUCUGUUCAGCCUCCAGUGGCGUCGUCUGUAAGGCCUCUAACAUCAGUAGAUGGCCAGUUAACAAGCCCUGCAACACCAUCUCCUGAUGCAAGCACCUCUUUGGAAGACUCUCUUGCUCAUUUACAGCUCAGUGGAGACAACAUAGCUGAAAGGAGUCACAGAGGGGAAGGCGAAGAAGAUCAUGAAUCACCAUCUUCAGGCAGGGUACCGGACACCUCCAUUGAGGAAACUGAAUCAGAUGCCAGUAGUGAUAGUGAGGAAGUAUCUGCAGUUACUGCACAGCACUCUUUGACUCAACAGAGACUUUUGGUUCCUAAUGCAAACCAGACAGUAGCUGAUCGAUCAGUAGCAGGGGGAACAGUGAGUGUCCGAUCUAGAAGGCCUGAUGGACAGUGCACAGUAACUGAAGUUUAAAUAAAGUCUUCAGAUCCUUGCUCAAGGUUGCAAUGGUUAUCUGUAAAUUUCUGCCCACAUAACAUUAUACUCAUCCCUCGUAGUGCAUUUUGGGAGUUGGGGUGGGAAGGGGUAUGGGAAGGAUAGAUCUGAAAUUAAAAUGUCUAACAUGUCACUGUUGAGAAAUUUAUUUAAGGAGCUUGGGUGUUAAUAGUUGAAAGCUGUUUAGUAAUAACCCAGUUUUCUUGAGGUCUGUUUAUAGUUUUGUGUUUUAAGUUUUUUAGUUCUUUUGGCCAGUUCUUUUGUGUAUUACCUGUGCAUUAAUGGUCAUCAUCUGACUCUUUCAUUAUCUUACUUUUCUGCAUGGAUUGGCAUAAAACCAUUACUAAAAUUUGGUACCAUGAGAUGUUUGCUAUCAUUAUGAACAGGAAGCUUAAUAUAAGAUUAGAAAUGAAUUUGGGAUUUUAAAAUAGAAAAAUAACAGCUAUUUUAUAGUAAAGUUACUGAAAUGGAAAUGUAAAGAAAACAGCUAAUCACUUACAUUUCAGAAUCUUUGUAACACACUUCAUGGCGUUCAUUCCCAUAUGCUUUGCUGUCUAGUCUUUGUAGUUUGAGAUUUCUCUUGGUCU